AUGGAUUUGAAUUCUUUCCAGGACGUGACGAAUGUGGCGGCGAGGAAGCAUGGGUCAUAUCUGCAGUAUGCGCCGCAGAUGCCAGAAGAUGUGCAUGUCGCCAAUUCCGCCAGGAUUGAGGAGCUAUCCGAGAAGGUGGAUCACAUCAUGUGUAAGGUUGACGCCAUCUAUGACCUGCUGGUUGCAUUGGUGCCUCAGCAGGUGAACACCUUGACGCGCACUGUUCCCCCCGUCACUCCGCAGACACCAAGUCCAGAUGCUGUGCAGCCUGUUUUGCAUGAUGAGGAGUGCAGUGUCGUCUCGCUGCUCAGCGGUGCCCUUCAUCAGCGACCAGAUUCAGUCCCGUUGACGGAGCCCCCGGUGUAUGCACAGCCGCCUAGGGGAGAGGCAACCGCAAUAAAAGCUAAGGACGAGGAGCCAAGAAGCCAUUUUCGCAAGAAGACCCCAACCACCGGGCCGAUGACGGCAUCAGCGGCACGUGGGGCUGAUACAAAUAGUUCCCCCAAACACGACUGCUUCAUUGUGCUGGUGGAAUUCAAGUGCCAGCGAGUGAAACGCUGUGAAAGUAGCGUCUUUAUCGUUCCUGGCCAGUAUGCCAUUGUACAGGGUGAUCGUGGCCAUGACUGUGGUGUCGUGAACCAGUGCAGCGAGUGGAGCGCUGAAAAGGGCUGCUUUGUGCGAGAGGAAAGCUUCGACGGGAACGUGAUAAAUGUGUCCCGCAUGAAGGGCGAUUUGGGGCGUGUCCUGCGCGUGGCAACUGAAGAGGAGGUGGAGCGUCUCUUUGGCGAGAUCGCACGCAAUGAAAACCUUGCGCUGAAGACAUGCCGCGAGAUUGUUGGACGAUUGGGACUUGAGAUGGAUGUGGUGGACUGUGAGUAUCAGUUUGAUCAGCAGAAGAUCAGCUUCUACUAUGAGGCCUCGCGCUCCAUCGACUUCCGGCAGCUUAACAGUGAGCUGUACCGCAUCUUCGGUGUCCGCAUUUGGCUGCAGAACGUCAACAACGCCGUGAAGAAUGUGGUUCCUGCUGGCGCCAUGUCGCGCGACGAUAAGGUGCAGUACCAUAAGAGCGGACUUCGCCCACCGAACUUCAAAUAG